CAUCGUUUUUUUUUUUUUUGUUAAUCCGCUCAAUUGUGUUCGUGCGCUUGCGAAGCGAACAUGAAGAGUUCUCUGCAACAUGUUCCGAUCAUAUUUAAUUAUAUAGAGGACAAGGAGUAUAGCAUACAGCCGAUUCGUUGGCUUUUGAGGCCGAUAAGCAUCUGGCCAGUAUCGAACUCAAUCAAGGAAAGGAUUCUAUCGAUGGUGUUACUGCUAUUGUGCAUUUUUCUCAUUAUCAGUACUUUAAUACCUUGUGCACUGGCUAUUUUUCUCGAUGAGACCAAGGACGUCGAGGCCAAGGUACACGAUUUCGGACCUCUCAGCAAUUGGGCACUCGCAAGUCUCAAAUACUGCUCAUUGCUGAUGCAUGUCGGUGACAUACGUCGAUGUAUCGAACACAUCGAAUCAGAUUGGCGAGCCGUGACAAAAAUCGAAGAGCGAGAAAUAAUGUUGAAGAGUGCCAGGAUUGGUCGUUUCAUCGCGAUAUUUUCUGCAAUUUUCGUGCAUAGUGGAGUGUUCUCUUACAGUAUCUUCCAAGCAAUGACGUUAAACAAGACUAUCGCCGAUAACGUGUCAGUGCAUUCUCUGCCUUUUGCAUUUUAUGAUAAGAUUUUGGAUACUACGAGAAGCCCGGCGUACGAGAUAAUGUUUAUGAUACAAUGUUUAUCCACAUUUGUAGUAAAUUCCAUAGUGAUAGCCAGUUGCUGUGUCACCUCCGUCUUCGUAAUGCAUGCCUGUGGUCAAUUAAAGAUUCUAAUGUCCUUAUUAGAUAAUUUUAUUGACGAAAAUGAAAAGAGAGAUUUUUCACAGCAAAAAUUCGCAGUAGUCGUUGAACAUCAUUUAAAAGUACUUAGCUUCGUGUCUCACAUAGAAAAAAUUACAAAUGUUGUUUGUCUUGUUGAAAUAGGGGGAUGCACAAUGCAUAUGUGCCUUUUGGGGUAUUAUUGUAUAUUGGAAUGGAAUCAAGAUAGCAAAGAAGGUAUAGUGGCGUAUGUUAUAAUAUUGAUCUCUGUUACUUUCAAUAUUUUUAUAUUUUGUUACAUCGGAGAGAUCCUUUCAGAGCAGUGCGAUCAAAUUGGCGAAACCGCCUAUAUGACAAAUUGGUAUUUAUUACCUGGAAACAGUGCUCUCGGUUUUGUUUUGAUAAUUUUACGUUCUAGCAUCGUGGUCAAAAUUACUGCUGGAAAAAUGAUUGAACUUUCCCUUUCUACCUUUGGUAUUGUAAUUAAAUCUGCAUUAGCAUAUUUAAACAUACUUCGUACUCUUAUUAUGUAA